GUGCAAUAAGGUGAUCUCUUCGGCUAAAAGAAUAUAAGCAUGGAUUUUUCUCAAAACAAGAUAUGAAUAAAAUCACAAUCCAGAUAUUGGCUUCGAUUGCUUUUGGUAUCAUUCAGGUUCGAGUAGCAUCAGGGACCAAAGAAUGUCGUCGGCCGGUACUUUUUUCCAUCAACCCAGAUCAGCUUAAUGCCUCUACAUCCCUAAACGACUUCCCAGCUAAAGAUGGUCUGAUAAACGAAUAUGAUUUUGGCUCCUGGUGUGCCGCUGUAGAGGACCAAGAACAAUGGUUGGAAGUGGAUCUCCAGGAAAAAAGAUUUGUCAUGGCUAUUGGUUUACAAGGCCGAUAUGGACACUCAUGGGUUGAAAUGUUUUACGUUCAGUAUAGCACCGAUGGGAACAAAUGGUACUGCUAUGGGUCGGAAAUUGGUCACAAGAUAUUUCAAGGUAACGAAAACAGCGAAACUGUGAAAAUUUUUGUUCUUCAUUUGGAUUCGAUUUUUGCAAGCUACAUUCGGAUUAAUCCACGAACCUGGAACAACAGCAUUUGUUUACGAACUGAGAUCUACGGAUGCCCAUAUAACCCAGAUAAAGACUACGACACUCGUCGGCCAAUGUAUCAGGCCUGUGGACUGGACCAUCCGACUUCUCCACCAACGACAACACCUCCUCCUCCAACUACUUCAGUAGAGCAGAUUAUAGGAGGUAAAUGA